CCCAAUUUCAAUUCAAUCAGAAAUUAUUUUGAAAUUUUCUUGAAUUCUUUUUUUCUUCUUCAAAAGUUAUUCUUUUGAUCGAUCCACCCUGAAAGUUUCAACAUUUCCAUCUCAAAUCGUCUUCUUGCCAAAAUCCAACUUCAAUAUUCGCUUUCCGUUUUCCGAUUAGACGACUUUCUAUCUAUCUCCCAUGUCGCCGGCUAUUCUGGUAGAUACCUGACACCUCUCUUCUUCUCCCUUACUUCUCCUUGACGAUUUUUCGUUUUUCAUCUGAUCGAAUCUAUCAACAAUGAACAACUUCGGCGACUUGAAUCCCGCCUUCUCCGGUACGGGUCGAACCAGCAAUAACCCUGAUCCGAGUUUCAAUUCAGCGCCGUUUUCCCGGUCUUCUUCUGGGCUCUCUAAGCCGAGAUUCUCUAAGGUCAGAAGGCAAGUGAAGCCUCAGAACUUGAUGAAGCCCUCAGUGACUUCAGAUUCCUUACCGGGUCAGGGUUUCAACCCGUUUCAUUACCGCGGGUCUUUUGAUCCACUUCCGGGUGAGACCGGAUUCGGUCGGAGCAGCAAUGAGGGUUUUGUAUUUGGAUCAAAAAAAGAUGGUUCUUGUGACGAAGUUGGGAAAAGUGUAAUGGAGGAGUUGGGAAAGUUGAAGAUUGAGGGUGAAGAUGGUUACAAGAAGAGUUUUAGCUCUGAUGUGCAUUUAGCUUCGAGUCUUCCUGGAGAUAUGCAGAAUCUAAAUAUCAAGGAUUCUCAUUCCAGCUUUAGUUUCGGUGCUAAUGCGAGGAGAAACGUGGAAGAUGAGCUUCCAUCUCUGUUGAGUAAUAAACUAAAGUUUGAUACCAGCAAGUCUAGCUCCGGUUCUUCUUCUUUUUCUUCGUGGAGUGAAGGACAUGUGAUCCAGGAAAGUAUAAAGAAGUUGAAUAUUUCAGAGAGUGUGAUCCAUCAACAAAGUAAUAAUGUCAAAGCCAAAGGAAAACCCGAGUCCCUAGAUUAUGUUGGGGAGAAGAUACUAUCUGAUGAAUUGUGUCGAAAGCUAAGCGUUGGAAGUAUAGCUACUGAUGGGAUCACCGUAGGGCAUGCAUCAGCUGAUAACCUACCAUCAGGUUCACAUCAGGGAAGUAUGAAUGAGAAGAAAGUUCAUGAUUUAAACAGUUCAUGUCCGAUGAAUUAUAGUUUUGUAGGGACAGAGCCAAGUGAGCGUCCGAAUCCGAGAAAUGUUCAUGAUGUGACCUCUACAGUAAAUACUUCCGGGUUUAAUUUUUCGAGUAAUCAAGACAAUGGGGGAAAUAUUUCUAUGGAGUUCAAGACCCCGAGUUCGAAAGUAAACCCAUUUUCUAGCUUGGACCAGAAAUUGGGGUUCGGCGCAAAGAAGGACAAUGUUGGUGCCACGAGAGCGAGAAGAAAAGGUGGUAAACAGCCUGUGAAAGUGCAGCUAAAUAUUGGACAUGAAUUUGCUUUUGUAGAAAGUGCGUCUCCACAUGGAAGCAAUGAGGCUACUGAGUCUUAUUCACCGAUGGAUGUAUCUCCAUAUGAGGAGACAGCAGAUUACAGAGACUUUUCUGCUACAUCACAUCAGUUUACGAAUCCUGACAAAAGCCAUCUCUCAUCUGAUAUACCGCCUGCUGCUCCAAAUGAUGUGUUUGAUGCAGACCUAGUUGCUGCAACUGAACGGAUGGAAAUAAACGAGGAGGAUGAAGUUAAUAACUAUCAAGCUAAGGAGCUUAAUACUGGUAAAUGUGCUGAUCAUGAAGACCUUGCUGAAGAUUCUGUAUCUGGGGCUGAAACUGAAAGUUUUAAAUCAGCAGCGGAAGAGAUGGAAACUAGUAGCGAAACUUUCGCCACAGCUUCAGAAAGUGAGGUUACUUCAAGGUUUAAGUCUGAUAGGCAAGAAAAUGACGACCAUUCCCUUUUUAAUUCAAAUGGUGCUAGCUCCAGCUUUACCUUUUCUGCUUCAUCGUUUUCGGGAGUGCACGGGCAACUGUCAACUUCAAAGCGUAUCAACAGAAAGAAAAAUCCAGUUAAAAUUGGGCAGGAUCCAUAUAUCUUAAUUCCAAAUGCUUCAGCAUUAAAAUCUUCACAACAUUCGCCGUUAACUGGUGUUCAGUCACACCUGUCCACCGGGAAACCCAGUGAAAGGGAUCCGCUCACUCGUCUACACAAGCCUAUUAAUAAUCCUGUGAUGGACAAAGCACGAGACGAAAAAGACGUAUCUAAUGCAUCGCAAGAAGCAUGUGAAAAGUGGCGACUAAGAGGAAACAAUGCUUACAAAAAUGGAGAUCUUUCCAAAGCUGAGGAAUCUUACACUCAAGGGAUAGAUGCAGUGCCUAAAAUCGAGACUUCUAGAAACUGUCUCAGGGCACUGAUGCUUUGCUAUAGCAACCGUGCUGCAACACGCAUGGCCCUUGGAAGAAUGAGAGAAGCAAUAGCAGAUUGUACGAUGGCUUCUUCAAUAGACUCCAACUUCCUUAAAGUUCAAGUCAGAGCUGGAAAUUGUUAUCUUUCACUUGGGGAGAUUGAAGAUGCGUCCAUGUAUUUUAAAAAAUGCUUGCAAUCUGGAAGUGACAUCUGUGUGGACCGCAAAAUUAUUGUAGAGGCUUCUGAAGGUCUACAAAAGGCACAGAGAGUUUCGGAAUGCAUGCAUGAAGCUGGCUGCCGUUUGCAACUUAGGACAUCAACUGAUGUUGAGAAAGCUUUGGAAGUAUUGGAAGAAUCUCUAUUGAUAAGUCCAUACUCUGAAAACUUACUCACCAUGAAGGGAGAGGCGCUUUUGAUGCUUGAGAAGUAUGAAGCAUCAAUAAAGCUUUGUGAGCAGACAGUUGAUUUGGCUGGAAAGAAUUCUCUUCCCGUAGACGCUAAUAAACUUUUGUCCAAGCCAGAUUCUCAUGACAUUCCCAAGGAUAUAAACUUUAGAGUUUGGCGGUGUCGUCUCAUGCUUAAAACAUAUUUCCUUAUGGGAAAGCUUGAGGAGGCGAUAUCUUCUCUAGAGAAGCAAGAGCAAUUACUAUCUGCUACAAAAAGAGAUGGCAACAAACCACUUGAGUCCUUCAUCCCAUUGGCUGCUACUAUACGUGAGCUGUUACGCCUUAAGUCGGCAGGGAAUGAAGCCUUUCAGUCUGGACGACACACUGAAGCAGUUGAACAUUACACAGCAGCCUUGUCUUGCAAUGUGGAAUCACGUUUUUUUACAGCUGUGUGUUUUUGUAAUCGUGCUGCGGCAUAUAAGGCCCUAGGUCAAUUUUCAGACGCUAUUGCAGACUGCAGUCUUGCUAUUGCUCUUGACCAAAAUUACUCAAAGGCUAUUUCUAGACGGGCCACGUUGUUCGAGAUGAUUAGGGAUUAUGGACAGGCUGCCAGUGAUAUGCAUAAAUAUGUUAAUAGUCUAACCAAGCAAAUGGAAGAGAAGACCUCCGGAGUUCACGACAGAUUCACUAAUUUGGCCAAUGACAUAAGACAAGCUCGUAUACGACUUUCUGAACUGGAAGAGAAAUCAAGGAAAGAAACUUCUUUGGAUAUGUACCUCGUCUUGGGUUUAGUGCCUUCAUGCUCGGCUUCAGAUAUCAGAAAGGCAUAUAGGAAGGCCGCACUCAAACAUCAUCCGGACAAGGCUGGUCAGUCUUUGACAAGAAACGAGACUAAAGAUGAGAGACUAUGGAAGGAGAUAGGAGAAGAAGUGCGCAGAGAUACCGAUAAAUUAUUUAAAAUGAUCGGUGAAGCGUAUGCUGUGCUUUCAGACCCUACAAAGCGUUCGCAAUAUGAUCUUGAAGAAGAGAUGAAUAAUGCACAAAGGAGACGUGAGGGAAGCAGCACAUCUGGAGCAGAGGCAGAUGUUAAUUAUCCAUUCAAUAGCAGUAGACGAAACUGGAGGGAAGGAUGGAGUUCACGUAGGGACACAUCAGCUCCGAGGUGGUUUGACCCAAACCGAUCAAACAGAUACCCGUUGUGACAGUGAAGCAUCUCGAAGAUAUCUUUUUACCAAAUUCCUCACCAGAAAAUGUUUGAGGCUUCCUGCAAAUACUCAGGCUGAUA